AUGCUCAGCCUACUCCGCCGGUCUUUCCCAAAGCUCCGGUUCAAACCCGGUUAUAUAUUCGGCUAUCCAGGCCCUAUUACGACCCGUCGCCAGUACGCCUUCUCCACCGCCACCGGUCUCUAUGGCUUCGACCACUUAAAAACCCCCAAAGGCUUUCGACGUUUCGUCGACGAUGCUAUCGAAAGGUCCGGAGAGCUGGUUGCAUACAUCUCAGGGAUGCCUUCCUCAGCGGAAAUAAUAAGAGCCAUGGAUGAGAUUUCUAACACAGUCUGUUCUGUCAUUGACUCCACGGAGCUUUGUAGACAAACCCAUCCUGACAGGGAAUUUGUUGAGGAGGCGAUCAAAGCUUCAAUAAGAGUUAAUGAAUAUCUACAUCCGAGCAAGAGGGCAACUUGCUCACUGACGAAGCUCAUAGGGUCGCGCAUUACCUCCGCCUUGACUUUUGAGAGGAGUGGGAUUCAUCUUUCUGCUGAGAAUGUAGAUAGAGUGAACCGGCUGAGUAUAGAAAUUUCCCAAUUGUGCAGACAGUUCAAUCAAAAUAUCGUCAAUGACCCGGGAACUGUGGAUAUUUUCCCAGUGUCACAUAUGCCCCAAAAUUUGCACCAUCUUCUUAAGCCCAUCUGUCGUUCAACAUCUGUAGUUUCAAAGGACUUGUGGAGGCCCAGGGGUACCAUGAAUGAGAAGGGGUUUCAUAUAACAACAGACCCGCACACUCUAUCUUGUGUUCUGCAAGGGGCACCAAAUGAUGAGGUCCGGAAAAUGACAUAUAUCAAAGGAAAUUCUGUUCCUCAUGCAAACCUUGGUGUUCUUGAUCAACUUAUAGCUUCCCGCCAUGAGUUUGCUUAG